AUGCACAAGCACAAGGAAAAGUCAAAGGCUCACUCGCCAUGGGGUGCUUGGUCGGACUGGGUCUGGGACGAGACGCAUGGCCGCCACUAUCGCGUCCGUCAGGAUAUAAACGGCAAAUAUGACUACGACUGGGCUGAGCCGCAGGCGAUGCCGCGCGACAUGGGACAUCUCGCGCGGGACUUUGCGCAUCUCUCUACAGCAGACUCGUCUUACGAGCCGCAGGCGGGGGAAUACACCGUCUCCAGCGGCGCCGACGACAAGAGAUCGGGCAAGCCCAAGACCAAGAGCUCCUCCAAGCAAGGGACGCAGAAGCGCAGCGAUGACCCCGGCAUCGGGUCAAGCCGUCCUGGUUACGCCGACCAGAGAUACGAAUACACCGACGUGGCCGCCAACAGCUACUACCCUCAGUCAUCAGGUGCGGCCGACCUGGACAUGCGACGUGGCGACCCGCGGACGCCAAGCGCAUAUGGCGCCACGGCACCAACCUACACGAUGGCUUCCCAGAGCAACAGUCACGACCCGAGAGGCGAGGAAGAAAUGCAAGCGGCCGUAGCGGCGAGCCAUGCAAUGUACUACGGUCAGGGCCAGAGGGCUGGCGAGUCUUCUGCGGCAGCAUACGGAGCAUAUUAUGAGGAGGAGGACGAAGGCCCGCCCACGCCUAAGCCUCUGGUCACCGGCGAAGAUGAACUGCUGGCCGAGGAAAUGGACCCUCGAUAUCGAGUAGAGCACUCAGCCAAAUUCCAGCCCGGAGAGAUCUUCAAAGUGCACUGGUCGGAGCCGCAAGGGACUGGCAACGACUACGCGCCGAGCGUGUCGGGCAGAGAAGAAAUUCAGAACAAAUUCGGCACAAAGUUCUAUGUCGGAUUUCGCCGCUUCAUAGUGGUUGCGAGCGAUCUCGGCCACAGCACCUGCGUACCCAUCCUCACAUAUGGCGGCAAGGGGUGCAAGAAAAGGGGCGUCAAGCCAGCCAAGCACGGCAUCAUCUACGAACGCGGGCACAGACCGCGGCUGUUGGACAAGGAACCGCCGCUCGGGUUCCCCGCCGUCAAGGUGCAGAUGACGGAAGAAGGCGAGAGGCUGUCCAAGGAGUCCCGAGUCAACUACUCGAAGCUGGUGACGGUAGAGCACAACAUCAAAGUCUUCUUCAUCGGGACGAUUGUGGGCGACGACUGGGAGCUGGUGCAGGAUGCCGUCAACCAGUGCUGGGACCAGAAGAACCGCCACAAGAAGCGGAGGUGA